GACGCUCCGCCGGGGCGCUUCUGCCUCCCCCCGCCCCGUUUUGUUUGGAGAGGGGAGCGGGGCGGACGACAUGCCUCAACUGCACAGGGCCCGGAGAAUAGCCUGCGCCGAGAGCCUCCCGGAGGUCUCAGAGGGAGCCAAAGGAGCCGCUGGGCACGCCAACCCCGGCUACUCCAGCGGGGAUGAAAAAGGGGAACCCUCCCAAGGGAACGACGCGGCGGCGGCGGCGGGGGACGUGGAGGACCAGCCGCUCCUGAGGGGGAUUUUUGAGGUCAAGAAGAAGAGCUGCGACGUGGUGCUGAGCGCCCAGAGGCUUAGAUGGAGCCGUAUCACGCCUGAGAGCCCCCUAGGAGGUUCCAGUAUUGGUUUACACUGUAAGGAAGAAUCUGUUGAAAUGAAAGAUGUAUUUUCCAUAAAAUUGAAACGUCGUCGUUUUGCUGGGCAAGAAAAAGGAGGCAUACUAUUAGGAAUUACUAUUUUUGUGUGUCUAAAUAAAGAAGGCAAUAAACUUAAAGAUGCCACCAUCCAUCUAGGUAACAUAAGUGAAGACCAUUGUUACUUAUGGUAUAGGUCUUUGAAGACAGUUUUGAUGGGGUUUCCAAAUCGGCCAAAGUCAUUAAAAGUAUUUGUCAAUCCAACUAGCCAUAAAAAAGAAGCUACUCGGAUUUAUUAUGAGCAAGCUGCUCCCCUCUUCAAACUGGCUGACAUUAUGACUGACGUUACUGUUACUGAAUAUGAAGGUCAUGCUCUUACGCUGCUCAAGGAAUGUGACCUAAAUUCUUUCCAUGGGGUGGUUUGUGUUGGUGGAGAUGGCACUGUCAGUGAGAUUGCUCAUGGUCUUUUGGUUAGAGCCCAGAUGGAUGCUGGAAAGAACUGUGAUAAUGCACUUGUACCAGUCAAAUCACAACUUCCACUUGGGAUAAUACCAGCAGGUUCCACCAAUAUUUUGGCACAUACUCUGAAUGGAAUCCAACAUAUACAAACAGCAAUAUUGCAUAUAAUAUUGGGGCAUCUAAAGUCAGUGGAUAUGUGCACCUUCAGUAGCCCUUUCAAGCUACUUCGCUUUGGAUUCUCUUCUAUGUUUGGCUUUGGAUCAAGGACUCUAGCCUUGGCUGAAAAGCAUCGCUGGAUUCCACCAAAUCAGCGUAAAAAUUUUGCUGUAAUCAAGACCCUAGCAAACCUCAGACCAGAAGAUUGUGAAAUAUCAUUCCUCCCAUUGAAGCAUCUACAGCAAGAUUCACAAGAAAAUGAUAGAAGGAAGGAAGGGAGACUUAAACCAGACCGCACAGAUGAGUGGCAGAGAAUCCAGGGUCACUUCCUGAACGUGAGCAUUAUGGCAAUCCCUUGUCUCUGUUCAGUGGCACCAAGAGGUUUGGCACCUAAUACCAGAUUGGAUGAUGGAAGCAUAGCUCUUAUAACUGUAAGGAAUACUUCCCGGCAAGAAUUCAUUAAACAUUUGAAAAGAUAUGCUAGUCUGAAAAACCAGUUCAGCUUUCCUUUUAUUGAUACUUACAUUGUUGAAGAAGUAAAAGUCUGUCCAAGAAUUGGAAUGAAACAUAUCCCUGCAGAUAAUCUAAAUUGUAUAGGUUCUGAAGAAAAUACUUAUCCCUGGAACAUAGAUGGAGAUUUAGUGGAAUGGGCAACAGAAGUUCAUAUCCGGUUAUAUCCUCAGUUGAUUAAUCUGUAUGGAGGAAAUGUUGUUAUUUUGGAUAAUCUGAAAGAAUCCUGCAGUUGUAUUUAGAAAUGAUCUAUGAAAAAAAGGUUACCUUUCCAUCCCAAUCAUAUUUAUAUGACAAAAAUUGCAUAAAGAAUAUGGAAGCUCGGAUUAUUCAAGUUAAUAAUAUGCAAGAUUCAACUCAGAACGAAGUUCAGAGUCAUGAGGAAAUACCCCCUUUCUUAUUGGGACAAAUGCUAUCACUUUCACCUUCAGGUUGGAUUGAGGCAUAUUUUGUGAUUCCUGUUUUGGGUUUUGUAUGCAAAUCACACACAAAUUUUCAGGAAUGUUAAAUAAUUAGGGGAGAUUGCCUGUCCAAUUUUAGACAAAUAAUGUAGACUUUGGGGAAGUCAGUUCUUUCAGUUUUAAAAUUAUUGUGGGUUCGAGUCUGUAACUUGUUUUUGGUAUUUAUUCCUAACCAUUUUUCAGACAGCUAGGUCAAAGUGAUGGAAGGAGGAAAAAAUUCACUGACUGCCCCCAAGUGGAUGGUGUCCUCUGCACAGGGAAUGAUCUGACUUAAAACAUCAUGCCCAUACUAUACCAGGGCUUUUCAAACUAUUUCAUGGAAAUCUAGCAAUCCGAAAGAAUGUGAUGUACCGUAGUUCCACGAGAAACUAAAGCAUUGCUGCCCAAAUUGGUUGUGUUUUUUUCCCCUUUGGGUAAUUACCCAUAAACCCAUUACUCAAUCACAUCAGGGACGUUUAAAUAAAUUAAAAGGAUUUAACCUACAUUGGGUAAAAAAAAAAACCUUUAUGAUAAGCAGUUUUGAGGUAAUGAAGGGAAGUUUGGAAAGCAUUGUACUGAAGGCAAAACAAAAAUUCAGUUGAACACAGCCAGUUUUCUAUCACUGAGUUUUGCCUCUUGAUCAGUUCUAGAUUGGGUUCAGGUCUUCUGAUAGUUGAUUAUAACAAAUGGAUCUAUUCCAUUAAACUGGGCAGUCACCUGACCCUUUUAGAACAUCUUAAAGGAUUCCUUUCUAAUUCACAAAUUAAAGAAUGUUUGAGGUGAGUUAAUAAUAUAUUACCCUUUUUAAAAUUGAAAUAGAUCUGCAUACUACUAACCAAGAAUAUUUUUCAGUUUGUUCUUUAAAGCAAAUACUAAAAUACUUAGCUAUAAAUUGAAAUGAUUUUAUAUGAGAAAAUAAAAGUUGGCAUAUCAACUAGACAUGUCAACAUAGUUUCAAUGGUUAAUAAUUUGGUAGAUUUUGGCUGGUUUUUGAAAUAGAAAUCAGUGUGUUUGUACAUUGUGAUCUUAUAUUAAGCCUCUGUUCCUUAUCUAAUUCAUUCGUAAAUAAAAUCCAGCAAAAGCACAUUCUUUGCAUUGUUUCGUUUUGUAAAAAGUACAUUAUUUGGAAGAUGACCAUAUCCUGGAAACAUGAGAUGUCUUCACUGCAUGUUAUUUCUCUCUCUCUGUUGUAGUAACUAUUAAAAUACAUACUCUAUCUGUGUGCAUUACUCUGGGCUACAAAGUCUAUUCCCUGCUUGCUGUGUGGUUAGAAUUGUCUUCUGUUCAAUUGUGCCCAGUUCUUGGACUCUUUCUGGACUGUUUUCUUGGCAAGUUUUUUCAGAAGAGGGUUGUCAUUGUCUCCUUCCUAGGGCUGAAAGUGACUGUCCCAAGGUCACCCAGCUGGCUUUGUGUCUAAGGCAGGGCUAGAACCACUACAUCAAACUGGCUUUCUGACUAACACAGAGAAUUAUUAACAUCACUGGGGAUGUGCAGUAUCUUUGAAAGAGGGGUUCCAUAAUAAAUGGGACUGUAUUCAAUGCACUCUUUAGUGAUUAACUCAGCUGCCUCUUUUUCAUCCAGCUGCUCCCAGUUGUCUCUGCAUAAACAUCCAUUUCAUGCAAAAGAAAAGUAACAUGGGAUCAGUUUCUGAAAUACUUGCCUGCUUUAAUAAUUUCAAGAAAAGGGUUUCAUGCUUGGUUCCAUUCACAGGGAAGACUUUCACAGGUUUAUUACAGCCCUAGUAUUUUAUUUAAAAUAAACAUAAAUAACAACAUAAAUGACUUAGAUGAAGGAAGGGAAGGGAACUCAUCAAAUUUGCACUAAGCUUGCAGGAAUACUCAACAAUCUAGGAGACAAGCGCAGGUUCCAAAAAGAUCUUGACAGACUUGAACAAUAGGCUCUAUCCAACAAAAUGAAAUUUAAUAUGGAGAACAGCAAGGUUUUGCAUUUAGGCCAGAAAAACCAAAGGUACAAGUACAGAUUAGGUGAAACCUUGGCU